AUGUCGUUUUCUACCUUCUCAAAGAGUCUCCCGCCAUCGCUGAGCCUUGCCGGCCGCACCGCCCUCAUCACCGGCGCAUCGUCCGGCAUCGGCCGCCAGACUGCGCUCCAUCUCGCCCGGGUUGGCGCUUCAAUCUUCUGCGCGGACCUCAGACCCGAGCCCAUCGACGACAGACCCGCGCCAAAGGCAGGCGCCACGGAACCGCUCGGCUCGCCCGCUCGUCAGGGCUCCCGCCACGUUCCCACCCACGAGCUCAUCAACCGUCUCGGAGGCAAGGCCGAGUUCCAAAAGCUCGACGUUCGCAAUGAGGUCGACUUCAAGAAGAGCAUGGCGAGUGCCGUCGAGCUCGGCAACGGUCGUUUGGACGUCAUGAUCAACAACGCCGGCAUCACCUCUUUCUCCGGGGGCAUCGAGGGCGAGUCGCUCGACAUCCUCGAUCGCAUGCUAGCGGUCAACGUCAAGGGCCUGUACAUCGGCACACAGCUUGCUAUCCGGCAAAUGAUGAAGCAGGAGCCGCUGGCCUUUCCCGCCGACCUGGAAGAGGACCUGGACGCCAACGAGGAGGAGGACAUCUCCUCGCAGCCUCGGUCGCGCCCUCCCUUUUCCGAGGAGCAAGGUCCGCCCGCCACCGUCGGACGUCUGCCCGGCGACAAGGGCGGGCGCGGCUCGCGGGGCAACAUUGUCAACAUUGCCUCGAUCCACGGCCUCAUUGGCGGGCCCGGCGAGCCAGCCUACUGCGCGUCCAAGGGCGCCGUCAUCAACCUGACGCGCCAGGUGGCGUGCGACUACGCCAAGCACCGCAUCAACGUCAACGCCAUCUGCCCCGGCUACCUCGACACUGCGAUGACGGUCAAUAUCCCCGAGGAGAUCUCCAAACAGCGCCCCACGUACUGGCCCCACCGCGGAUCCGCCCGCGACGUGGCCAAGAGCGUCAUGUACUUUGCCCGCGACGCACCCUGGAGCACGGGCACCAUCCUCGCCCUCGACGGCGGCACCACCGCUCGUUGA